UCUGGCCCUCACCUCCGGCCUGGCUGCUGCAAAGCCGGCUGUCCGCAGCCUUGGGCUGCCCACUGCUCUGCUCCUUGGAUGGAGUGCUCCGAGGAGCUGGAGAGCAGGCUCCUGACCCAGCCUUGGGCUUCUGUUUGCUUUGACGAGUCCACUUUUAUUGCCAAAGCUUGCUUUGGGGAUACAGGUUACAUGCUGCUGAUCUCCGACCUCAGUGGUGUCUGGUAUGAGAGUGCUGACGCGGAGGCUGUGGGGCAAAGGUCCAAGGAGCUGAACAAGCGGCUGACGGCCCACGUCUCCUCGGUCUUGCAGCGCCUGCACGGCCUCCUGAGCCCCGCGCUGGCAGGGCAGCCGCACGCCGCCACCUCCUUCUCCUGCCAGCGCCCGGCCGGCGGGCUCAGCCUGCGCGUGAGGAGCGAGCUUUCGGGGCUGCCCUUCUACUGGGACUUCCGCUGCCUCCCCGCUCCCGUGGCGACGGUGUGCCGUCACCUUGUGCGUCCCCUGAUAGGGAUGAGCCUGGCUUUGCAGCACCAGGUGCAAGAGCUGACCUCCCUGCUGCUCCGAAAGGAUGCUGAGAUUGAAGACUACAGGGAGAGCGGGGCCACUCUGAGCAGAGAUCGCCUGAGAACAGAGCCCUUCCAGGAGGAGACAUUUCUGCAGAACUUCAUGGCUGAGAGCCUGCCCCAAAUCUGCAGUGCAGGAGAUGGACACGCAUUCACCUCUGCUCUGCGGCAGCUCUACAUGGCAGUGACGCUGCAGGAGGCCAAACAGGCUCGGAAACGGCAUCACCCAGAGGACACUGAAGACCUGGCGCCUACUGCAGAAACCUCAGGGCACCCCGACCCGGCGCCCCAGUCGCCAGUGGACGAAACAGCAUCUUUGAGCAAGGAAGCCACGCCGACCUCCUCCCCUGUGCAGAAGCCCCGACUACCUGUGGCCAAGGCCAAGCCAAAGAAGGCAAAAGGGCUCUUCAGCUGAAAGGUUGCUGCUGCUGUCCUGAGGGUCUCUGUCCCACAGCACCUAAGAAAGGCUGUGUGGAUCACCACAUGUCCUAUGCCUCAUCUGCAUCUCCCUGUGGAUUCUUCUGGGGUCAUUCCCCACUGCCGAGGAGACGGAAUUUCUUGUCCACCUGUUUAUAUCUCAGGGAAUUCUUUGUGCUUCUGCCCAGAUGCAGAUCCCAGGCUGCCUAUGCGGAGCUCGUGCUGGACCUGGGGGUAGUGGGAGGGAUGCUGCCGUGUGUGUGCCCAGACAGAAACUGCAGGGCUCUGGUGGGGUGUUCCUUUGGCUGGAAGACAAAGUCCUGCCCUUUGCAAUAAAGGUCUGCAUCUGGGUGA